AUGGAGCAGCGCUUCACCUGGACUGCAGCUCUCCUCCCGGUUCCCGGUCAGCCCGGCAGUCCUCGGCUCGUCCUCCGGAGGGUCCCGGUUCCAGCCUCCAGCAGCUCCACACCUGUCAGUCCCCCUGGCAGUCCCGUAAGAUCAGACACACAGUUUACAUCUAAUACAACUGAUGUGGCCAGGAAGGAGCAACGCCGCAAGACCCUUGCGGCUCUCAGUGAGGUGGUGAAAGCCCGUCCUCCUAAGAGGGCAUCCACUGAGGCUCCUGAAGCAGGCCCAUCAAAGUCCUCUGGUAUUUCUUUUAAACUGUGGUCUGAAGAUCUUCCAGGGUGUUCCACAGAAGACGGUGUGGAGUCCAGGCCUGGUGUGCAGGUGCGGUACCCCGAACCAGCUGCGACCCCCGGACCAUCUGCUCCACAGAGGUGCCCAAGGAGAGUAGCUCGGGUCUCCAGGGCUGCCCCAGGACGGGGCCUUCCGAAGGCAGCUCUGGCCCCCAGUGCUGCUCCAGGACCUGGUUCUCUGAAAGCAGCUCUGCCCCCCAGUGCUGCUUCAGGUCCGGGUUCCUCCCGUGCAGCUCUGGGUGCCACUGCUGCUCGAGGACAGGGCCCUCCAGAGGCAGCUCAGGCGCCCAGUGCUCCUCCAAGACUGGGUCCUCUCCAGCCGGCUGAGCCUCGCCCACUGUGGGACAUCCCUGAACCAGAGUGGGCGAGAGAGGUAAGAUUGUACAUGGAGGCGAGAGAGGAGUGGUUUGAGAGCUGGUGGAGGAGGAAACCAGCUCCUAAACGAAAACGUAAGUAUUAAGGUAAGUAGUUUCACUCUUUUAGUGUAUGAAUUUUUAGAAUUUUCCUUCUUUAAGUCAAACUUGAUUUGUAAAGAGGUCUUCAGGUUAUUUGAGGUAAAAUAUUGUGGUGGCUUUACUGUGUUUAGUGUUUUAGUUGUCAAAAGUUUAAAAAAAACGUGUGUGUCUGUGAAGGGGGAGAUUAGUUUUUAAGUUUAGUUAGUUUGAUGGGGGAGACGACAUAAAAGUGGACUCAGGAAAUCUAAAGCAGGUAAGAGGUCAAAGGUGACGAGGAGUUAUUACAAAGGAGAACAGAGGUAAGGAGGUGAGUGGUAUUCAUUCUAUUUAAAAGGUCAGUGUUUAAUAUUUAAUAACAUACUGCAGAAUAUUUAGCCUAUGUUUGAGUUUUUUGUGAAGAUUUUAACUGUGUUUAUUUUUCAGGGAAGGACAAAGCAAAAAGCAGAGGAGGGGAGAGGAGAAGGGGAGGUGUGGAGGAGGUGAAGGAGAGGAGGUGGGAGGGCCAAAGAUUUCUAUUGUCAUUUUAAAAGGUACUUAUCGAUACUUGUUUACUUCAUCAUGAUUUGGUUGAUGCAAACCUCUGUUGUUUGUGUCACAUAUUUUUAUUCUGGUACUUAUACUUUCCUUGGUUUAACUUUACAGACAGAGACAGAAAAGAGAGGAGAGGAGAGGAGAGGAGAGGAGAGGAGAGGACGGGAAAGCAGAGGAGAGGAGGAGGUGAAGGAGAGGAGGUGGGAGGGCAGAAGGUUUUAAACUGUCACAGGAACAGGUACAUAACAAUAGUGGUUUAUCAUUGUUCCACUUGUUUGAAAAUGUCUUUUGUUUUUCUCUCAUUUUGCAUUUUUUACUUUAACUUUCCUUUCGUCUGCUUUUCUUAUAGAAAAAGAGGAGAGAAAAGACCUAG